AACGCGUCAUAAAGUUGUUACCGCCAUAAACACCACCGAAGCGUCCUCCUCCUCCUCCUCAGCAGAAGAUGGAGGCGGCGGUGUUCAUCGUGUCUCUGGUGGACUGCUGCGCGCUGAUCUUCCUCUCCGUCUACUUCAUAAUCACCCUGUCUGAUCUAGAAUGUGACUACAUCAACGCUCGAGCCUGCUGCUCCAAGCUGAACAAAUGGGUAAUUCCAGAGAUGGUUGGCCAGUGCCUCUCCACUAUGCUGAUGUUGGUCUCCAUGCACUGGUUCAUCUUCCUCCUCAACCUGCCUGUAGCAGUCUGGAACAUUUAUAGGUACGUGAAGGUCCCGAUGGGAAACAUGGGCGUGUUUGACCCCACUGAGAUCCACAACCGAGGUCAGCUCAAGUCCCACAUGAAGGAGGCCAUGAUUAAACUGGGUUACCACCUGCUCUGCUUCUUCAUUUAUUUGUAUAGCAUGAUCCUGGCUCUGAUCAACGACUGAAGAUCCAGCCGUUGCUGUUUCCCCCUUCACCUCCUGCUCCUGUACUGUAUGCAUCAAAUCUCCCAGAACAGCACAGAGAAGUUUACUGUCACUGUGCUCUGAAAGCCAGAGCUUUGACUUUAAUACUGAGGUUAAUAUUUAACCAUUUAACACUUCAAUACCAUCAUGACCAAACUCCCCUACAACAACCACUGUGUUUUAUUGUGAAUGGGACCUCUAUCUGCAAUAGUGAGUAAUUACAACGUCAACAUAGUGGCUGUAAGAAAUAGUAGAUAUUUUCACAGUAAAGUGAGCCGGUCCCGUUUUAUCAAUCUCAAUAUAAGGUGCAAUUCUCCGUUGGUUUUUCUACCAAAGCCAAAUUUGGAAAAGUGCCAAUAGUGCUUCAAACCUCCAAACACAUUAGGUCUUGUUGUGCGCCCUCCCCCCCAGUAAGGUGACACUUUGGCCUUAUGUUGUAUACCUAAAUAGUUUAAAGUCCUGUGUUGCAGUACGUAGCCGUCACAGCAGCCGUUGACACCGUGGAGCAGCUAAAACUGUGAGGAGGACUCUGAUUUCUUCUUGCCCCCACUGUAGCCCCGGUUCUCAGCGCUGGUUCCUGUUCUCAACCGAACCUGCUGCGCACUUCUGCUGCUGUAGCUGGUUCCAUGCAUUGCGCGCUCAGAGACGCGUGCUUAUUGGACUUCCUGUCAUCUUAAAAGCCGGCCAGCCUCCUCCCAUUACUGAACGUUCUCUAGAGGCGGUGGUGGGGAAACAAGAUCAGCAGGCCCGACAAUCAUUCCACGCUCAAAGUCACCCAGUUCACUUUCUGAUGUUGAACCUCUUGACUCGUCUGCAUGCUUUAAUGCAUUGACUUGCUGCCACAUGAUUGGCUGAUUUAGAUAUUUGCAUUAACACACAGAUGUACCUAAUGAAGUGGCCACUGAGAGUAUGUUCUUCUGAUCAUUUUGUGCACGGUACGAAGCUCAGCUGCAGGCCACGGUGCACCACUUGGUGCUGCUCAGAGAGGAGGUCAGAGGUCUGUCAGCUCUGAAUGUUUGACUCCUUCCAUCUCUUGAUGAACCUGCUCAACGGGACAGUCGAAGACACGGUGCACUGUUUCGUGUUUUAAGUGUUUGACUGAGCUUUUUUUAUUGCCCAUUGUUUAUUGAUGUGGAGUCUGCAGAGUGUCUGACAGCAUCACUCCAGACAUUCCUUCUCAGUGACUGCUCGGCUGACUCAGCAUGUUGAAUUAGGGGGCCCGUCGGAGCUCUCUGAUUGGCCAUUCAGUCAUCAGUUUUUCUGUUUUUUUCCCCCACGUGUGCCUUUUCUUGUUUCUUCCUCAAGUACAGCAAUACUUUAGUGCCAUAUCUUCUCAUGUAGAAUCCACACAAUGAGGCCGUUAGAUUCAAACUAUACUAAUUAGAGUGAAAAUGGUUGUUUAAAAUAUUUUAAACAUUUAAAACGAAAACCAGCAGUUAAGAAAAAGCCAUAAAAUAAAAAUGUGUUUUGAACAAGGGAUUUUAAAAGAGGAUAUUGAAUUAGUUAAGUGUAAAGUGUGUUAGAGAGCAUCUCCUCCUUGAACCCUGAAGGCCCCGACACACCAAGCAGUUUGGAGGCCGUCGGUGAGUGUCUGGCUAGUUCUUGCUGUGCGUCCGUCACCGUCGGCUUUAGUCUGCACCUGUCUGAGUUUUUUUCGGUGGCGUCACGUGAGAGAAAUCACUCUGAUUGGCUGUCCAGCUUCAACGAAUCAGUGCAAGAGAAGAGAAACAGAAGUGAGGAAAGCCAACGAGUAAAGUCAAGAGGAAAAACACAGAAGGCUCUUCUCAUGUUUCAUCUUCAUCUGAUCAUUCCAGAUAUUUUCACAGCGACAUGAACAUCUGGAAUGAAGCUAAGCUAAGUAAAGUAAAGCUAAGUACGUAUCCUAACAACAGCUUGUAUAUCCGCCGUCCUCGAUCUUCCUGUUUCCCCUUUUUGAAUGAUGAAUACAGACUACCGCCGCCUGCUGGUGUGGAGAGUUAUUUCCUCUCACGCAGGAGCAGAACGUACGUGGUAGUUCGCCGUCAUCUCUAGUCUUUGCGGUGUGUCCAAGUGCAACUUUUUGACGCAAGACAAACGGUCGGCCUUCAUCGGCGCUAGUUACUAGUCCUCUGAUGUCGGCCUGGUGUGUCGGGGCCUUUACUAACACGUUUCUCCAACAGGUGUUCCGCUCAUCUGCCGACUGUGAAGGACACAGUCUGUAUGAGCACACUUGCAGUCUCCUGCUUGGUGGUGCGGUUCUGUGUUUCUGGGGACCUACCUCCCCGUUGUUGCUGUGCCUUCAUUUUUCCUUCAUCGAUGUCAAAAGUCUUCCCCAGUUGACGUCACAUUCGGUCGACGUAUUCAGAGUGAAAUGUUGAAAGCGGAGGUGUGUGAUGGUAUUGAAGUGUUACUGUGCACCAGUGGUGAUCAGAUGGUGGAUCAGUCAGUAAGCCUAUUCUGACAUUUUAUGCAUACAGGACCUGCCAGACCUCCAGCACCCCCCCCCCCCCCACACACACACGCAUGCACACACAUGCAUGUAUUCAUCACAAACAUGGCUAAAUGUGGUGUUGUGAUUGGUCGGUUGCAGUGAUGCGAUGUCCUCUCUCACUGUGUCCGGGCCUCGUGUUGCUGUGUGUUGUGUUGUGCUGGAAGGACGUCACCUCACAGAGCUGGAUGCUGUCUGAACUCGGUGGGGGGGGUCAAAAAGUGUUUUGCCAUAAAAAUAAAAAAAAAGGUUGUUCUGGAAAGAAAUGAUACUCUAUGUAAGUAAUGGCUGUUGUAUUAUUAUUAUUAUUGUCAGUUUCUGUUUGAACAGACAUGCACUGAUUUACUGAAUGAACUUUGCAUUGAAGACAUACUGUAUGUUUAAAUCAGACAUCAAUCAAUCAGAUGGUGUCUCAGCGCUCCUCUUUAUUCUUUUAAGCAAUCAUUACUGUUCAGUACAUUCAUAGCUGCUCUGUAUUACGAAGGGGGGAUGUGGUGUUUCAUAAAUAAAAAUGAAAGACAAGUUGUUUGUCUGAA